AUGGCGGUUCUCAAGCCAGACCCGGAGGUGUUCGCCCGAGAGCUCUCGCAACAGGAGUGGGUGGAUGCCCAGAAGCUCGACCGCCUCUGCCGCGCCGUCGACACAGACGAGUCCGGAAAAUUGACACGAGAGCAGUUCGAGAACGGCCUGCAGAAGAACCACAUACCGCUGCUGCUCAAGAGCUUGGGGCUCCAAAGGCACCACCUCGUUGAAUUCUUCAAGUUCAUGGCCGAAGACAGCAGUGGCGAUGGGCAGGUUGACAUUCACACGUUUGUCAACGGCUGUAUGGUGCUCAGAGGAGUUGCCACUAAUUUUGACCUUCAAAAAUUGCACGCGGAGUUGAAAUCAAAUCAUGCACAGCAUGACAAGCAUUUGGAUUCUAUAAUGAGGAUCUUGCGAGAGAAGUUCGACCUGUGA